AUGGCGAAUGCCACCCCUUCGCCCAGCUCCUCGGGCGCUUCGAACGACAAACGCAAAUCCUAUCAAGUGCUAGGCGUACAUGAUAAAGGCAAAGCGCCAGAAAUUGGCGCGUCUGCAUCUACGCCCGAGCUGCACGUCAACGGCAGCCCCGUGCGCGGGCCCACGGCGCGCUCGACGAAGAGCGCGAACUCAAACGCGUCGGAUGAGGCAGCAUGGGGUGCCAACUUUUGGGUGACGCUCGUGGAUCCCCAGUCUGGGACGAGCUUCUUUGCUUGCCCUGCGACUGGAGAGGUUAGCUGGGAUGCCCCGGUCGGCAACUUUGUCUUGCCCGCGAACGAAAACGGGGAGUGGUGGGAGAUCAUCGACGAGUCUACCGGCGUACCGUACUACUACCAUACCAAAUCCGGAGAGACAGUAUGGGAGAAGCCAGAGGGGUUCGUGAUCCCGCUAUCGGUGCUGCAGAAUACCGCACUAGGACGUCGCCUGUCGAAAUCAUUAUCCCCGGCGGACAUGGAAGCUCUAUCGCGCGUGGCCAGCCAGAGGAGCGCCAACGGAAAGCCCACCAAGUCCACCUCCCGCAAGUCGCACCAGCCCGGUCCUGCACGCGAUUCGCCUCCAAAACACUCGACGUCCACCGGCUCGCCACCACCGAAGAAGUACGGACGCGAUCACGGGGUCCGGCGCAGCCUGUCGAGCGAACAGUACCGCGCACCCGCCGGCCAUCAACCCACCGCGCGCUCGUACUCGGCCGGCCAGGGUUUGACGCUCAACAUCAGCCAAUUGCCGCCCAUCCCUGCAUCGCCAUAUUCGACCGACGCUUCCGAGGCUUCCACUCCCAGUUCGAGCAAAGCGAGCUUGACGCGCAACGAGUCCAAUCGGAGUAGACGGUCUAGGAAUGAGCAUCAGGAUAGCAACACGCCGACGAGGACGAAGCAGCCAUCCGCCGCAAAUGCACCGUCGUCAUACCAUCCCGUCCGCUCACCGCCUCAAUCCCUGAACGCCGCCGCAGAGCUCUUCGCCCAAUCUCGACCCUCACCUACACCAUCGUCAUCCACAGGUGGUGACAGCGGCUACUUCGCCGUAAACGGCAAAGACCGCGACGCACCGCCCAGUACACCCAUCACCGUCACCGCGCCCGCGACACCUAUUAAAGUCCGGAUGCACGGAAAAGAGAUCAGCGGACCUGUGCCCAACGACGCUGCGACGAUGAACUUAACGCCCGUCAAGAAACGCGCGGAAGGGAAGCCUAUACUCGUGGAGCGGACCGCGGAUCCGGCGGCGAGUAUCGUUUCUAUACGUUCAGGCGCGCACCCGAUCUUGCCUGAGAACCUCUCAAUGGACAUCCACCAGUUUGCCACGUCCGAUUUCGCGAAACAGUACUUUGCGACGCAUCGCACUGGUAUCAUCUUUAAACGCACGGUGCCGAUGGAGGAGAUGAUGGCUUGGCAGCGCGCGCCUCUCGCUAGCCCACUCCUCAAUAUCCCGCGCCCGUUACACAGAGACGCUGUCAAGAUCUUCAGAGUUAUACUGCGGCUUAUGGGUGAUGAGAGGGGUGGACGACCGGUGGCGAGGAUGCCGGAUCCGACGGUGUCGAAGACGGGGAGGGAUCUGAAUGAGUUGGCGUUGUUUGAGGAGGAGAGAUGGUUGUUGCAGAUGGGGUUGAGCCAUGGGGAGUUAAGGGACGAGAUAUACUGUCAGGUCACGAAGCAGUUGAUCUCGAACCCAAGCCCUGAAAGCGUAUUCAAAGGCUGGCAGCUCUUGUGCAUCCUCGUCAUCACCUUUCCUCCCUCGAAGAAUUUCGAGUCGUAUCUCCAGUCCUUCCUGAAGCAACGGACAACGCACACCGAAGGUCGCGUGGACGUCAUGGCGAAGCACUGUCUGAAAAGGCUAUGUAUCAUUGCUAAGCGCGGGCCGAGAGGGAAACCGCCAACAGUCGCAGAGCUGGAAACCGCAUCGGAUGCGGCUUUCAAUCCCUCCACCUUCGGCGAGUCCCUCGAUGCGGUCUAUCGGCUGCAAGAACGCAACUACCCGCGGCAGAAGAUCCCCAUCAUCCUCCCCUUCCUCGCCGACGGCAUUCUCGCACUCGGUGGUACAAAGUCCGAAGGCAUAUUCCGCGUACCAGGCGACGGCGAUCUCGUCUCCGACCUCAAGCUCCGCAUCGACAAGGGCUACUACACCCUCGAAGGCGUCGACGACCCACACGUUCUCGCGAGUCUGCUGAAACUCUGGCUGCGAGAGCUGAGGGACCCACUCGUACCGGAGGAGAUGUACAACGACUGCAUCGCGUACGCGAGCGAGCCGGACGCGUGCGUGGGCGUCGUGGAGCGGCUACCGACGAUCAACAGGAGAGUCGUGCUGUUCAUUAUCAGCUUUUUGCAGCUGUUCUUGGACGAGAAGGUGCUGGCGAUUACGAAGAUGACGAGCGCGAAUCUGGCGCUGGUUAUGGCGCCUAAUCUGUUGAGGUGCAAUUCGGAGAGUAUGGCGGUUGUGUUUACGAAUGCUCAGUACGAGCAGACGUUUGUACAUAAUCUCCUCCUGCACCUCAACUGCGAAACCAUCGACCCCGACUACGUCCCCAAACAUGGCCUCGGAGCCGUAACAUCCGCCUCCCAACCGCGAACAUCCAAAUCCCGCUCUCGAAGACCAACACAUUCUUGA